UGUUGGGUACGGAUUCCAUUACUAGCUGUAUUUAAAUUACUCAUAAAAUUGAUACAGUAGAAGUAAUAAGCAAAUGUAUGGGCUAUACUCUCUCUCUCUAAGAUAAAUAUAAACCUAACUAACUCGGACAACAUCAAAUUUUCGGUUUGACUAAACGACUAAACCUACUAAAAUGGUCGGCACCUGCUGCCUGCAGCUAGCAACACCGUUCAUUGGACAAGAAACCAAUAUGGCGUUGCAGUAACGUAGCAAAUGCACUAAAAGUGUCAAACUUUACACGCUCAUAAGUUUUAAACCGCUGCAUUUCGACAGUUAAAACCGGCAUUUUUGGAUUCUACGCAUCGAAAACUAUUAGAUUGAGGAGAAAAAAGUGGAUAAUUUUGUGUCCGCUAAAGUAAAGUUCAGCUAACGGGGUUAUUAUACAAAAAAAGCGCUACCAAUUUGAACUUGAACUUCGAGAAAUCGAUAUCUCAAAUAAAGAGAGGAGAUCCGAUUUACGGGAAGGGUACAUGGAUAUGUAUGUACAAGUACAGUCAAAGAAUAACUCUUAAGUAUCUACUCUUUGGUACAUACAGUGGUCAGUGGGCAAAAUGGUGGCAGACGAGAGGUUGUUUUUCUCGAAAGCCGUUCAACAUUUAGCUAGAUGUCUGGCGGCAAUCAAACCUACCCCAUGGGAAAAGGUGAUGCAACUAUUCAAGUUAUGCCCACAAGAAUCUGCUCAAGGUAUAUAUCGGCUGGAUCAAAGAGGUCAAGAUGCAACCAUUGCACUGGGAAUAUAUUUUUUGGAAUCUGGUUUACAACAUCGAGAUCGGAUAUUGCCUUAUCUUCUGCGCUUACUGCGUGGCCUUCCAAAAGCUGUUUGGCUGGACGAGGUCAAAUGUUCACCCAGUGAGCGUAUCCCUGUUGCUGAACGUUUUAGCUUUUGCUUGAACACGUUGCUUAGUGAUGUGGCAGCCAGAUGUGAGGCUGUGCGCGAAGAAAUCAUUUCUACUCAAGUAGAAAUAUUGGCAGUGUUAACAAAUCUUAUAAGGGGAUACAAAGAUCAGAAUGGGAGUAGAGGAAUGCAAGCAAAAUUGUCAUUAUGCAAAUGUAUAGUUCCAGUUUUAAUCGGUCUAGCUCGAUCAAUGGGUCGUUUUGCCUCUACAGACCCACCUCUUCUUUGUCGUAUUUUUCCAAAACCAACGCCACCUCUAACAAUACCAAACACAGAAACACGUGCAACGUCAGAUAAGAAACAAUAUAGUUUUUCAAACUUUCGUCCAAUUAUUCCACGCUCUUUAAGUGGCAAUUUAAAUCCUCAUCCAAAUAUCGAUAACGCACCGAGCCUAUUAAUCGGAGAUCACGAUAACCCCUGUGACAAACGACCAUCGUUAAAUUCAUACACAUCGGUACCUUACGAUCCAGUCACAUAUUUUUUUAGCAGAUACGGAUCAAGUUUUAAUCAGUUCCCUCAAAUGAGGUGCAACGAAAGUCCUGAAAGGAGAGCUGGGAUGCAUUUCAGUGUAGUUCAUUUGCAAAGUGUACUGGCUUUAGCAAAGAAAUUACUUACUAAAGAGAUUUUAAUGUUUCUUGACGAAGAAGCUCAACAAGUUUAUAACUCUGGACAGGUGCAGAUAUUUCCUUAUAGAACAUUUAACGAGACAAUGAAUUUAGUAAUGGUUGCCCUUUUAAGAGAAUUGUUGCAAAAUCAACGGGAUUUGCCAGCGCCUUUCACAAAGGAUGUGCAAGAAUUUGUAAAGGGCCUCUUUUUAUCCGGCCAGACGGAAUUACAAUCGCGUCAACAUGACGCGAGCGAGCGCGAAGACAUGGAUACUAAUUUUCGAACUGUAAAUAGAUUUAAAGUAAAUGUUAUGGCUAAUUCUGCUUGCGUUGAUCUCCUUGUUUGGGCGAUUGGCGAUGAAACCGUGAGAAACCAGUAUGAUAUAUCUGCGCUAUUUGCAGAUAUCGGUUCCAUGCUGAUUGGCGAUGGUGCUGAUAGUUUAUGCAGUCGUUUAGUUGAAAAAAUUAACUCUAAUCAUGGACCAAAACUGGUGCUGGCGCAUAUGCCUUUGCUAAUGGUUUGCCUUGAAGGAUUAGGAAAACUAGCACAGAAGUUUCCCAACAUAGCAAGUACUUCUAUAUAUUAUCUCAGAGAUUUCCUUGUUGUACCCUCACCUAUACUUCUUAAAUUACACCGUCAACGAACUGAUAAAGGAAAAGAUCUGCAUGAUCCAAAACAAACUACGUCAUCGAUACACACAGCCUUUGAAAAAUUACGAGAUGCAGCUAUUGGAAAUCUAUGCAUUGCUUUAGAAGCAGCCCAUUCUGUUAACCCCGAUUGUGUGCCGGCACUGGUCGCUAGUGUCUCGAAUAGAUUAUUUGCUGCUGAUAUAUGCGACGGUGAAUCUGAUGACAGAUCAAAUAGCGAAUUAAUUUCAAAAAACAUAGUAAUCAUGUUGGGACACGUUGCCGUUGCAUUGAAAGACACCCCAAAGACUAUGCGCACAAUAUUUCCAUUUUUUCAGCAAUUAUUUUGCCGUACCCCGAGCGAUCUUGAUUUUCUAAUCGUCGAUCAGUUAGGAUGCAUGAUCAUCGCAAAAUGCGAGUCAAAGAUUUACGAAGGCAUCAUGCAGAUGUUCUCUAUGUCUUUGGGUUCGAGUACUGCAACAUACGCGUCGAACGAUGAUCGUAAACAGUACUGUCACGUAGCUAAAGCAGUCACGAACGCUCUUGCUAACAUAGCUGCAAAUUUACAAGGUGAAACAGAAUUAAACGAUUUACUGCUUCACUUGCUCGAACUUUUUGUUCAACUUGGAUUAGAGGGUAAACGUGCCAGCGAUAAAGCAAAUGUCACGGUUACGAAGGCGGCAACCAGUGCAGGAAAUUUGGGUGUACUCAUUCCUGUAAUCGCUAUAUUAGUAAGACGACUUCCACCGAUCAGGCAUCCACAGAAGAGACUUUUGAAGCUUUUCAAAGACUUUUGGCUUUAUUGUGUCGUGAUGGGUUUUGCUGGAGAUCAAGCAUCCAGAUUAUGGCCUGCAGAAUGGUACGAAGGCGUUAAAGAAAUCGCUGUUAAAUCACCGUAUCUGAUAUCUCAAACCAGUGCACGACUCGAGAUGAGAGAAUUGCAAUACACUUCAGCCGUGCGCAACGACAGCGUUUCUUUAAACGAAUUACAGGAAUUAAGGAGUCAAGUGUUAAAGUUGAAUACUCGUUUUUUUCAUAGGACCAACGACAUAUCGCAGUACGUGACAAAAUUACAAUUUGCCCAAUGCACCUAUUUGUUAUCAGUGUAUUGGUUAGAGACAUUAAGAGUGGCAAAUAGUCCUGAGCCAAGUUUGCAACCGAUAAUGGAAUAUUUAUGCGAUACCGAUUUGCAAAAGGAAAAGAGCGGAAUGUGGCAAUGCAUAUGCUGUGUCGCUGAUUCCGUGUUUGUAAAAUUCAAAGAUGUAAUGCAGCGCAAGCCGAAAGAUGAGAGACGCGAGAAGGAACUCGAAAAUCAUGCGCAAUUUCUUCUGGUGCAUUUCAAUCAUGUACAUAAGCAGAUCAGACGAAUAGCAGAUAAAUACCUUAGCGCGUUGGUAGAUGCCUUUCCACAUCUUUUGUGGAAUUGCAAAGUACUUUGGAGUAUGUUGGACAUAUUACAGAUUUUAUCAUUCUCCUUACAAAUUGAUCCAAACGAGGAAACACCAAUUCUGCGAAUACCUGGGACAUUAUACAGUAUUGAACUUAUGGACACACUUGAGGCACGAGAGAUCAUAGUUAAAGAUUUCACUGCAAGAUGUAAAGGCAUAGUACAGGAAGCUAUGAAGUGGGCACCCCAAGCCACCAGAUCACAUUUACAAGAAUAUGUAAAUCAGAUUCUCUCUUCUGGAUUAAAGCAUCAUUCUGGUUUAUGUUUGUCUACAGACUCUGUGCUUGAAUUUGUGGAUUUAGCUGUUCCCACCUCAGUUAUACCUAAUACUAAUUCAUUAGACAAACGACCACGUGGUCCAAAAGGAGUCAGCUCGUGGCUACUAUCGAUGAUGUCGACACGAGCACGAUACGCUGGUGAAAUAGCAGGAAUGUUGUCACUAGCGCAAACUGAAUCUUCCACUUCUGAAAUAUCUUUUGAAGAAAGUAGAAACAAAGUUGUUGAUCUAUUAAUCGAUGCUGUAUGGAUGGCUUGUCGUUCUCGAAACGACGUUGCUCAUCGUAGUGCUCUUUGGCGUGCUACUGCAUUGUUAAUCUCUAUGCCUGGAAUCCACAGGCGUUUGCUUCACACAGUAGCUUCCUCACAAAUUGAAUUAUUUACCCCAGCAGCUAUGACCACGACAGUUGAAUGUUGGCAAUGGAUACUCACUGUACGGCCAGAUCUCAAGCUACGUUUCUUGCAGGAAAUGCUUGUUGCAUGGCAGUACACCGUUGAUAAGAGAAUGGGUCUGUUUGCUCCAGACGAAGAGGAAGUUAGUCCAUUGGCUGUAUACGAGGGCUGUAAGCUUGGUCCAAAUCCUCCACAAGUAAAACCUCAUGAUAUCUGGGUUACUUUUAUCGUGGAAUUGAUUGAAACUGCUAAAUAUUGUUGCCAAGAAACAGUCGACAUGAUUGUCACCCUGCUGCAUCGAUCGCUACCCAUGACUGUCGGUGCUUCUCGUGAAGAGCCAGGAAUGAGUCGUCACGUUGCUGCAGUUGGUGUACGAUUUAAAUUGCUCUCUUGCGGACUACUUCUUCUUCAAGGGGAUAUCUUACCAAGGACAUUGAGCAAAAAUGUGCUACGAGAACGCGUGUAUUGCAAUUGUUUGGAUUAUUUCUGUAGAGAUCGUCAAGUACCGACGCAAGAACUUGAACAAUUACGCGAGGAUUUAGUUACGCUUAUACGUUUCUGGCAGGUUAUGCAUAGCGAUAAAAAAUAUUUAGUGAUGACUGGUAACGAAAGUGAAUUUGAAAUGCCAACUCCUCAGUCCUGCCCGACUGGUGGUUUUGGACCUAGCGAAACGAUUGGUUCCUUAAGUACAGCCUUAAACACAACAAAUAGUGAAUAUUCCAAAACAGCUUCAAGUGUAUGGAUUAAUACAGUCCCAAUGUCGACCAGUAGUAAUACAUUGGGUAAACGUAGUAAUCGUAGUAAACGAGUUAUGAACGCCAAUGUAUUUGUAAAAGAUUACAUAAAGAAAAGAAAUUUAAUUCUUGAACUGUUGGCGGUUGAAAUAGAAAUGUUAUUGGUAUGGAGGAAUCCUAGUGGAAGACAGGAGCUUGCACUUUCAGGUGAAUCGAGUAUAGCAGAAUGGCGUGCUAAAGGUAUGAAUGAUCGGUGGCGUGAAUAUACACGUCUCGCGUGGGAGAUUAGUCCUGUUUUUGCUGUAUUUUUACCAGUACGACUAAAAAAUUCUGAUAUAAUUAUCAAAGAAGUAUGUGGACUCGUUCGCAGUAAACCAGUACCGGUUAUGCAUAUUCCUGAAGCUUUACAAUACCUUGUUACAACAGAAACAUUACUUAAUGACGUACCUGAAUUGGUAUAUAUGCUUACGUGGGAGAGAGUAUCGCCCAUUCAAGCAUUGGCUUAUUUCUCUCGUCAGUUUCCUCAUCAUCCAAUUUCUGCUCAGUAUGCAGUAGAGGUGCUAAGUAGUUAUCCAGCAGAUGCCGUGCUAUUCUAUAUACCACAACUUGUACAAGCUGUACGUCAUGAUACUAUGGGUUAUGUGAUAGAAUUUAUAAAAAAAAUUGCUAAACGUUCUCAAGUAGUGGCACAUCAGUUAAUUUGGAAUAUGCAUACAAAUAUGUACAUGGAUGAAGAUAAACAAAUAAAAGAUCUUGUUCUGUAUGAUGUAUUGGACUCGUUAGUGAAAAGUAUUUUAGGAUCAUUAUCUGGUCCAGCGAAGCAAUUCUAUGAAAGGGAAUUCGAAUUUUUCGAAAAGAUUACAAAUAUUUCUGGUUAUAUAAGGCAAUUUCCUAAAGGUCCUGAACGUAAAGCAGCGUGCUUGAAAGCUUUAUCUCAAAUCAAAGUACAACCUGGUUGCUAUUUACCAUCUAAUCCUGAAGCUAUGGUUGUUGAUAUUGAUUAUAAUAGUGGAACUCCUAUGCAGAGUGCCGCGAAAGCUCCAUUUUUGGCGCGUUUUAAAGUGCAAAAAUAUGGAAUUAAUGAAUUAGAAAAUAUUGCAUUAGCGGUGUCGGCUAAUGGGAAAGUUGACAUUAAAAGGGAACCAGAUAAAGAAACGUGGCAGGCUGCUAUUUUUAAAGUUGGUGACGAUGUUAGACAAGAUAUGUUGGCACUACAAGUAAUCAGUAUUUUCAAGAAUAUAUUUGAAAAAGCUGGCUUAAACUUAUUUUUGUUCCCCUAUAGAGUAGUAGCUACAGCACCGGGGUGUGGUGUUAUAGAAUGCGUACCAAACGCAACAUCGCGUGAUCAACUUGGUCGAACCACUGAUAUUGAUAUGCACCAGUAUUUCAUAACACGUUACGGAGAUGAAACAACAAAGGAAUUUCAGAACGUACGCCGAAAUUUCGUGAAAUCCAUGGCUGCUUACAGUGUGAUCACGUAUCUUUUACAAAUAAAAGAUCGUCAUAAUGGUAACAUUAUGUUAGAUACCGAAGGCCACAUUAUACAUAUCGAUUUUGGAUUCAUGUUUGAAAGUUCGCCAGGAGGUAAUUUAGGUUUUGAACCGGAUAUUAAGCUGACUGAUGAGAUGGUGCUCGUUAUGGGCGGUAAAAUGGAGGCUGCACCUUUUCGUUGGUUCAUGGAACUAUGUGUACAGGCUUUCCUUGCAGUAAGACCCUACCAAGAGGCAAUUAUUUCUCUGGUUUCUCUUAUGCUUGAUACCGGAUUGCCUUGUUUCCGUGGACAAACAAUAAAGCUUCUACGCGGUAGAUUCGUGCCGACAGCUACCGAUCGUGAAGCAGCGGCCUAUAUGCUCAAUGUAAUACGUAACAGCUACCUCAAUUUCCGUACGAAAACUUAUGACAUGAUACAGUAUUAUCAAAAUCAAAUUCCUUAUUAAAUUAAUGUUUCCAAUUAAUUUCUGUUUAUAAUUGUUAGUUCAUAACAGAGAAAUUCGUUAUUUCUGCAAAGAUUGUUAAAUAAGUACAUACAUCGUGUACUAUAUUGUUAGAUACAGCAGUGUAAAAUCUGCCAUCUGUACAAAUUCCUCAGUGUCAAUGUUAUUCUUAGAUUUACAUAAAUUUUAUGAAAGCAUUAUGCUUUGUAUGUAUGUAAUGAUAAUGUAUUAUAAAUUAAAAAAUUGUUCUGUAUAUCUGCUAUUGAGCAGAAAACAUGUACAUGAAGAACAUUCCUCUAUUUAUUAUGUAUGUACUGUUAUCGGUUAAACAUUAAAAGGAAAAGUAAUUAAA